AUGGAAGAUACAAAGAAAUUAAACACCUCAAAACUUGGCACCAAAGAGUAUUGGGAUGAUUUUUACGAGCUUGAAACCAACAACUUCAAAGAGAAUCCGGAAGAUACCGGCGAAUGUUGGUUUGCCGAUAACGAUGCCGAAGACAAAAUGAUCGAAUUUCUUAUAGACAAUACCGGCGAAUAUCGUGUUUCCUCUGACUCUUCGAUGAUUGAUCUUGGUACUGGCAAUGGGCAUUUACUUUUCCAGCUUUAUGAAGAAGGAUUUCAUGGUAGGAUGGUCGGUGUAGACUAUUCAGCAAAAUCUGCCGAAUUUGCGGCCCAGAUCUUGCAGUCAAAGUAUCCAGAAGCUACUAACCUCUUUUUUGAAGCUUCGGAUAUUUUUAGCACAAAUUGGAACCCCGGGCAAUUUGAUGUCGUUUUAGAUAAGGGCACUCUGGAUGCCAUUGCCCUUAGUGGGAUUGUAGGUGAAAAUGGCCAAUCGAUUGUUCAGCUAUAUCCAAAGGUUGUUGAAAAGCUGCUAACAAAGGACAGUAUCUUCCUCAUCACAUCUUGUAACUUCACUCAAGAUGAGCUCAUACAAAUCAUUGAAUCCGAACAUCUGAGAGUUUGGAAGACUAUUGAGUAUCCUGUAUUUGAAUUUGGUGGGGUCAAAGGUGCCAGUAUUUGCAGUGUUGCGUUUGUCAAAAAAUAG